AUGGAUAUAGACUACGAUAGAGAUAUGCUGCCGUCGAUCGGUGAUCGCACCCAUUACCCAUGGCCAACUAGUGCGCGCGGCAAUGAGGAUAUCCAGCCAUCGCCAAUCCCUCACAGUCUACUUAAUCAGUAUCUGACCAUCAGUGAGCGGCAUGCUGCAACUUCCGCGUAUGGAUAUCUUCCCCCAACGACGAGCGACCAUGGUUCGACGUUGUCUACAUGUCACCCGACUUCUCACGACGCAACCCCAUGUUACUCGGAUGCCCAGCGCCUCCCCAGCCCAGUCAGUGAUGGUGAAGAUGCGAUGAGAAGCAUUAAAGACACUACGAGUGACGUGGAUAUGACCUACAACCCGUCUCGCCCUGCUUCAUUUUCUCCCUCCACAUGGUUAGGGACGGAGCGGAGCUCGCCCAACAUGCAGGAGACCAUGCCGCCAAUGGACAGUGCGAGAGGUAUGCUGCAGGAUCCCAAGUCAAAGAGCGCGUCAAAUAAGAAGAAAAUCACUAUCUCUAUGGGUUACCGAGCCGACUGCGAAAAGUGCCGGUGCAAGGUGCCAGGCCACUAUAGUCAUAUCAUUCGUGCCUGA